ACAAUUGAAGGCGCGAACGGAAACGUCCAAUUUUCCGAUAGUCCUUGAAUGCGUCUUCAGAUUGGAGAAACCUGUGGCCAACUGCCGUUAUAUUAACGGCAGUAUGGAAUAAUUUAGUGAUUGAAAACUUCUAAGGCGAAGACACAAAUUGACACAACUGCUAAAACUUGUUUUCAAACAAGGUUUUCAAACAACUAACGUUACUAAAACGUGUAGUUUUCAAACAAUAAAACAUUAGAGCCUGGUAAGUUAACGUUAAUCAGUUGAAGAAGCCAUUGCGGAUUUGGCACGAGGAACUUAACGUUGAAGCUAAAACCGUCUUGCGUCUUUAGCCAACAUUGAGUUGACGUUAAUUAUCUUAAAUGUAGUUGGUUAAUUUUAGCUUCGACUGUGUAACAAGGCUACAUCUACAAUUUGCGCAACAAUUUAUAAUGGAUAUCACGAAGUGUGUCAGCCAUCAGCAGGCCAGCCAGUUGCUGCACAACAAGUUUGUUGUGGUGCUGGGGGACUCCAUUCAGAGGUCUGUAUACAAGGACCUUGUUCUGCUCUUGCAGAAGGAAACGUUUCUCUCCACCAGGCAGCUGAAGAGCAAGGGUGAGAUGUGUUUUGAACAGGACUGCCUGGUGGAAGGUGGAUCCUUUGAAAGAAUGCAUAAUGGCACUGCGUACCGGGAGGUUCGCCAGUUCCGGUCCGCCCACCAUUUAGUCAGAUUCUACUUUGUCACGCGUGUUUACUCUUCGUACAUGCAAAGCUUCUUUGAGGACUUGCACAAUGGCUUGAAGCCUGAUGUAAUCAUCUUCAACUCCUGUGUUUGGGAUAUUUCCAGAUACAACUCCAGUUGGCUUGAAAACUACAAGGAAAACUUACACACAUUCUUUGCUGAGCUGAAAAGGAAUGUGCCUCAGGAAACACUGGUCAUAUGGAAUCUCACCAUGCCCUUAGGAAAGCGUAUUCAAGGAGGCUUCCUGGUGCCAGAGAUUGAGCACAAGGCUUCUCACCUGCGAUACGAUGUGAUUGAAGCUAACUUCUACAGCGGUACUCUGGCUGAUGCCUAUGGGAUGGAUGUGGUGGACCUCCACUUCCAGUUCCGCUUUUCCCUGCAACAUCGCACCAGCGACGGGGUCCACUGGAAUGCCAUUGCCCACCGCAAGAUAACCUCUCUGUUGUUGGAGCACUCUGCACAGGCCUGGGGUGUUGCUAUGCCACUGGCUGCUGUGGAGAACACUGAGGUUGCUGCACAGUGGCCAACCAAUGAAAAUUCCACACUUACAGAGCGACACCCAUUAAGGAGAAAUUACAGCUACGGGGGGGAGUUUUCCAACGACUGCUGGCCUUCUGAUUUCCUAACCAACCCGCAGCCAAAUUACCUACCACAACCCCCCCUCGGAAAUGGGUUCGACUACAGGCCACCUAACAGGCACCAUCAACAGAACGUGAUGAGGAGGCAACGUGUCAAACUCCACUAUGUUCCGUACGCUCACCCGAGAUAUCGUCAUUAGGCCGUCCCGAGGCAGCGAGUUUUUACAAGGAGAUGGUAGAGUUCUACGCAAUUUUUUUUUUUUUUUUUUUUUUUAGCGCAAUAGGGAGGAAGGGUUAAUCCUCCAAUACUGAUUUUACUUAUUGCAGAAAAUUAUCUUCUGGUUAUUUUUAUUCUAUUGUAAUUUGCUAGUUUUUUAAUAGGAUACGUUCUGAUUCCAAAUGUUUGAUUUUGAAUUCUGCACUUGAAUUAAAAAGUUGAUGCUAUAAAUUUGA